CUUAAUGUGUCAUCAGUUCAACGGCGGAAUUCAUUACCACAACGUCUUGGUGCGAGUCGCAUGCGAUCGGCAACGGAGUUUUCGGAUAAAGUUUACUAUUCUCGCAAACUUUUAAUGCCAGUUAUUGACAACUAUACUUCACAAUUUUAUUCAGAGAUAGGCAGCUGAAUUGUUUACUCCUGCAUAACGCUGUUUCGCAUCAAUUAACCCGAGCCAAGCGAUUCUGAAGUAUAUAAAUCUAAAUUCUUAGACCCAAUUAUGUCUUCCAUUGCAGCAGAGAAACGCGCUUCCUUUGCGCGCCGUGCUGAAAGUUUGGUGGAGCGGGUGAGAGUAUUGAAUACCAUUUAUGAGAAAUACAACAUCAGCACGGAAAAAUGCGGCGAUCUGACAGUCAUAGUCCAGGGAGAUCUGUCGCAGCAGGAGAAACGUGCUGUAUUCAUUACAGUGCACGAUUUGGGCUGUAAUCAUAAUUCUUUUCAGGAAUUCGUGAGCAGCCCCUGCAUGACCGAAAUCAAGGAGCGCUCUUGUUUCAUACAUGUCGAUGUGCCCGGCCAUGCGGACAAUGCCGAUGCCUUGGCCGAUAAUUUCCCAUUUCCAUCGCUACAGGCUUUGGGCGAAGAUUUGGUCACCGUGCUGGACUAUCUGCAUGUAAAAUAUGUAAUUGGUCUGGGCGAGGGAGCCGGUGCCAAUGUCCUGGCCCGUUUUGGCCUCGCCCAUCCUAGUCGGGCACUUGGCCUCAUUCUGAUCAAUGCCACCGGCAGUGCUGCAAGUGUUUUGCAAUCCUUUAAGAGCAAGUUCAUUAGCUGGAAAAGCGAUGAGGUGGCCCAAUCGGCUGAGAGCUUUCUAAUGUAUCACAAAUUUGGACAUCAAAUUGUUGGCGAGAAUCCAGAUAAGGACAAGAUUGUGGCCGAGUAUCAAAAGCGUUUGCAUCGAUCAUUGAACAGCAAGAAUGUCGGUCUCUACGUGAAGGCGUUCAUGAAUCGCAAGGAUCUUACACUCAAAGGUUGCAAAGUCGAUGUCAUUUUGAUCACUGGCAUGCUCAGUCCAUAUGCCUCAAUGGUUGAGAAGUUACAUCGUGAUGUGGAGAAGGAACGCGUUACCAUCUUGAAGAUAGAACGUGCUGGCGAUGUUUUGGCCGAUGCUCCAUCCAAGGUUGCUCAAUCGAUUCUAUUGUUCUGCAAAGGCCAGGGAUUGCUCACUUCGAUCGUAAUGCCAGGCGUUGAUCGUGGACGAUCGUAUUCCACUGCCAGUUCAAGCUCAUUUGAACGCCGCUUAUCGCGCGGCAUUUCUAUGGAGGAUUACGACAAACCCAAUAUUCGUCGUCUCAGCAUAAUGAACAUGCAACAAACUUGCUCGGGUUACUUUGAUUUUAAACCCAUCCGCAUGGACGCGCCACCGCCGACAAAGCCACCUAGGGGCAUUAAAUAUGGCAAGGAUGAGUCCGCUGGAUGUGGCUUCCUCGUCAAUGUCAUCAAAUCGCUGGGUUUUAGUGAAACAACCGAAGAGCGACAAAAGGAGAAGCAGAAAAUCGAACAAGAAUUCAAGCGUUCCGAUCUGCGACUAAAUGAACUCGUUUCACGUCAUGACCAGCAACUUACUCAAGUACUGCCACUAUUCAGCCAGGUGUCCACAGAGGUCACAGCGAGUCGCGAGCGCAUUCAUGCAGUCAAAGAGAAUCUGGGCGCCUGCAAGCGAUUGCUGCAGUGUCGUCGCGAUGAGCUCAAGAAGAUGUGGACGGACGCAGUGCAGCACAAGUAUGUGCUAGAGAUGCUCGAGCAAAUUCAAGAGCUGCGCAAAGUGCCUCAACGUGUGGUCAGCUACACGGAAAAGCGUCAGUAUUUGCAUGCCAGCAAAGCACUGACGGAUGCGUUGGCUACCUUAAAUGGACCGCUGUUGGGUGUCGAAGGUUUGGCCGAUUUACGUACCGAUCUGCAGUCGCGACGCCAACAACUCUAUCAACGUCUGCACGAAGAGCUCGUCACACAGGUGUACAAAAACUCUGCAAACGAGGCAUUUCAGCGCAGCAAUUCGAGUCGCCUCAACUCGAGCUUUACGCGUGGCAUUGCUGCACGUCGCUCCACGGAUCGCAUUGAAGCAAAUGCUCGGGUGCGCAAGGCAUUGAGCGAAAUGGCUCAAGGCUUUGAUUUGGACAAGGCAGAGAUUAUUGAAGAUGCGGAUUUGAUUGAUCCCGAACUGAGCAUGAGCUAUUUCAUUGCCAUAAUCGUGGAAUGCUUUGGCAUGCUGCAUAAGGUGCCAGAUUCGUUGGAAACGCUGCGUGUACAAAUUCAAACUGAACUCUUGAAUGUGGUGCGCCAUACAACACAGCAGCUGCAAGCUACAGCAGCUGCAGCUACUGGUGAAAUGAAUCCGUUGCUUACUCUUCUAGAGUUGAUUUUCAAACAGUUCAAAGCGAUCGCAAAGACGCACACGCUGCUCCUCAAGAACUAUUUGGCUGUAGGUCAAAAGUAUGCUGUGGUUGGACCACAACCCUAUGAUCUGACGGAUUUCUGGGCGCAGGCGCAAUCUGUGUUGCAACUGUUGCUUACGGAUUACUUGGAUAUUCAAAAUACAUCAGGGGAUGAGAGCUCGCAAACGGGAUUUGCCGAGCCAACAAACAAUAUCAACUCCUAUUUCCUAAGACGAAAAGUUCCAAGCACCAAGAAAACCAUGUUCAAGUUUGACAAGUCAUCGCAUAUAGCAGGCAAUAGCAUGCAUGAAACGUUCAAGGAACAUCGACGCAAUGCUUCGGAUGCCUCAGUGGAUGACAAUUUGGGUGGCACGCUAGGCAGCGGCAAAGGAUCUGUGACUGGUCUACUGCCGCACGAGAAAAAGCAGCGCGAAAAGUUGUUGAUAUGCACGCCUGAUCAGAAUGUGAUCACCAAAGUGUAUUUGCCUUUGAUGGGCUACAUACAGGAAAUUGAAAACUUUAUGAAAUGCAAGCCAGGACAACCUUGCAGCUUGCAUGACUUUGUGGAUAACUAUAUCAAGGACACAUUCCUAUCCAAGGGUCACAAUCGCAACUUGCAAUUGACCAUUGAAUCACUGUCCAAGAAUCAAGAUGCUUGGCGUGCAAUUAUAACACCUGAGGAGAUGAAAUCGCUAAAUUUGAGCAGACCACUUCUGCAGUCCACAGUCAUGGUUGAGCGAAGAUUGGUGGAGACAAAAAAUCUUAUCGAGGAUUUGCCUUGUUACUCAGAGGAGCUGCUAAAGAUGGUGUGUGCAUUGUUAAAGGCCUACCGAGAGAUAUGCCAAGCGGCCUACAGAGGAAUAGUACAGCCAGAUUCGGAAGAUAAGCGUAUCUACAGUGUGGCUUGGUUGAAGGAUGAGGACAUCAGUCGCUUCUUAAAAACGUUACCCAAUUGGACUGAUCUAAAGACAUCGAGUCAGCGUGCUCGACACACGCGCAAAUUGCAACGCACCAAUUUUGAGCCAUCCGAGGAAGAGAGUCCGUUGCAAGUGCAGCAACGAAACAUACGAGAAGCUGAAAUGCUGACCAGCAAUUUAGGUGAAGGAGGCAUAACUCAACAGGAAAUAUUGGCCGACAUCAGUGUUCUCAAAGAGUUGGCCAUACUACAAGAGAGUAUGGAAUGGUUCUCGGUGCGCGUCUCCGAGUUUGCCAACGAGUUACGACGUCCCCUCGUCAACGGUUUGAACUCAGCGGCUGCCGAAUGCACAGCGAAUGUGGCCAUCAAGGAUGGCACCAUAAAGGUGAUGACUAACUUGGCAUUAGAGUUCGAUGAGCUUGCAAAUACAUGUCUGCUGGUGCUGCAUCUAGAGGUGCGUGUGCAAUGCUUUCACUAUUUGCGUUCCAAGUCGAGCAUUAGAACGAAUAGCUAUGUGGGCUCUAAGGAUGAUAUAUUAGAGCCGGAUCGUCAGGUAUCGGUACUAAACAAGCGUCUAUCUGAAAUGGAUGAGGCAUUUAGUGCCACUCUGCAUCCGCGCAAAACGAGGUAUAUCUUUGAGGGUUUAGCGCAUCUAGCUGCACGCAUUCUUAUUCAGGCGUCCAACUACUUGGAGCACAUUGAUCAGAUCACUGUGCAGCGCAUGUGUCGCAAUUCGAUAGCUUUGCAGCAGACACUGAGCAACAUAACUGCAUCCCGAGAAGUUGCCUUGGAUCAGGCGAAACAUUUCUACGAGCUGCUUUGCAUGGAGCCGGAUGAAAUACUCAACUCACUGCUGGAGCGUGGAACGGAAUUCUCCGAGAUGCAGUUGCUCAACGCAUUGCAAUUAUCGUGCAAGGCAUGUGGCAUUACAGAUGCCAAUUUACUGGCUUCCUAUCAACAAAAACUAUCCGACAUAUUGGGCGCUAAGCCCUCCAAGGGUGUUGUUGUAUAAUAGAAAGAGUUACACAAGUUAAAUCAAAUAUCAAUUUUAAAUGCAUUGCGCCUUGUAUGCCCACUCACACAUACAUUCAGACAUACACACAUGCAUUAUUAAUAGUUUUUAAUGUGUAAGUGAAAAAAGAAUGAGUAUGCUAAUGUUAAGCCUACAUAUAUAAAAUUGAUUAUAAAUGUUUUGAACAUGUUGGCAUGCACUUGGUGUUGCGAUAUAUAGUCCUUUAUAAACUUAUAUUCUAAAGUUCAUGAACAAUAUUGUAAUAUGGCUUAUACACAAUAAAUGAAAAUGUAACAA